GGGAGUGCUAUCUACUAACCGACUAUCUGACUUCAAACUUGCUUCUGUGGCUGUGAAAAUAAGUCUGUAUUCUUGUUUGGACAAAAUGGACAUAUAGAAUUUUAUGAGCAAUAAAUGAGAGAAUGGCCAUCAAGCCAAAAACUGACGAAUCCAACAUCUCCACCGCAGAAAAGAAGACUAUACAUAACAAAAAAUGGGAGAUCAAAGAGUGUCAAGAAUCUGAAGAUAAAAAAAAAACCCACUUUGACUGCUUUUAAAAAGAGGGAAAACAGUCAACUUAUUACCAACAACCCAACGAUACCAAAUUCUAUCCCCUCUCGCAAAAAACUCUUCUCCGUCCUCGAAUCCCAUACCAAACGACCCCUCUUUCAAAACGGUCUUUCAAAACGGUCGACUAGGCCUCACAACCUGGCAAGGACUCUAGACGCGCGCAGCGUUCCGAUUCGCCCAGCGCUUGUACCCGUACCCGGGGUAGCCGCCGUAUCCGGGCGGGCUCCAGGGGGUGGUCGUGGCGGCCUGCGAGGUCGAGGUCAAGGUCGAGAA